CGCCACACAAAAGGCGAGAGUGUCUUGGGGCCAUUUUUCAGCGGUGACAAGGAGGACACGGCCCCAUGUUGCCAGAGGACGCCUCAGGGAGGUAAGACGUCUUCACUUCCGCUGUGAGCGUGACAAGAAGGAGCAUGGAGCCGUGGAAGUGUCACGCCACUUGAAUGUUCUUCUUCUUGUUGUUGACGACGUGACGUCACGGACUCAUGGCGCUUCUUCUCCUGCUGGACCUCACCUGGACUCUCUGCUGCUGGAUCAGCACCGUGGAAGGUUCCUGUCCAACAGGAGGCGCUGUGACCUGUGACCAGUGUCUCCAACUGGGUCCAGACUGUGCUUGGUGCACCCAGGAGAACUUCACCAGCUGGCUGGGGGUCAGCCAGAGGUGCGACACGCCGGACGGCCUGCUGGGGAAAGGUUGUGCCAGGACUCACUUGCAGUUUCCCGUCUCCGAAGCGCAGAUCCUUCAGGACCAGCCGCUGGGCAAGAAGACGUCCACCAUGAACCGCACCCAGAUCUCCCCGCAGAAGAUGUCCCUCAAACUACGAGCAGGCGGUCAGGUGACUUUUCAGGUGAAGAUCCAGCACACGGAAGACUAUCCCGUGGACCUCUACUACCUGAUGGACCUGUCGGCGUCCAUGAUCGACGACCUGAACACCAUCAAGGAUCUGGGCUCCUCGCUGUCCAGGGAGAUGGCCAAGCUCACCAGCAAGUUCCGCAUGGGCUUCGGUUCUUUUGUGGAGAAGCCCGUGCUGCCCUUCAUCAGGAUCACAGAAGAAGAGCUGGCCAACCCCUGCAGCAGUGCAGGCGGGACCUGCUCGCCCACCUUUGGCUACAAACACGUCUUGUCGCUGACCAGUAGCUCCGCCCACUUCAAGGAGAAGGUGUCCAUGCAGCAGGUGUCUGCCAACGUGGAUGUUCCAGAAGGUGGCUUUGAUGCCCUCAUGCAGGCUGCUGUCUGCGGGGACAAGAUCGGUUGGAGGAACGACUCCAUGCGUCUUCUGGUCUUUGUCAGUGAUGCUGACUCUCACUUUGGCAUGGACAGCAAGAUGGCGGGCAUCGUGGUGCCCAACGACGGCCUCUGUCACCUGGACGCCAACAACGAGUACUCCAAGUCCACACUGCAGGAGUAUCCCACGCUGGGCCAGCUGAUUGACAAAGUGGUGGAGAACAACAUCUUGCUGGUCUUUGCUGUGACACAGGAGAAGAAACUCAACUACCAGAACUAUGCCAGUCUCAUACCGGGUGCCACGGUUGGCGAGGUGGCAUCAGAUUCUCGGAACAUUCUGGAACUCAUAUUGACGGCCUACAAAGAACUGCGGUCGGAGAUCGAACUGGAGGUGAUUGGAGAUACGGAAGAGCUGCGGAUGUCCUUCACGGCCAUUUGUCCCAACGGGAGCGUCUCCACGGACCUGAAGCGUUGUUCUCAUGUCAAACCUGGAGACACGGUGGUGUUCAACGUGUCGGUGGAGCUCCCAGAAUGCCUUGCCGGAAGCAGGCGCUUCUCCUUCAAGCCGGUGGGCCUGCAGGACACUCUGGACGUGGACUUGGAGUCCCGGUGCUCCUGCCGGUGCCCGCAGCCUCCGCCCGCCAACAGCAGUCGCUGCGCCGAGGGCCAGGGGACUUUCCUCUGCGGCGUCUGCGCGUGCCAGGCGGGGUUCUCCGGCGCCCGCUGCGAGUGCAACGAGGAAAACGCGGCGUUGGGCGAGUGUGUGGCCGGCAAUGACACGGAGGUCUGCAGCGGUCAGGGUCAGUGCCACUGCGGACUCUGCGUGUGCGACACCUCCUCCUUUGGCAACAUCUACGGCCCCCACUGCCAGUGUGACGACUACUCCUGUGGUCGAGUCCGAGGGGAACUCUGUGGAGGACACGGCGUGUGCGACUGCGGAGAGUGUCGCUGCCAGGGCGGCUGGACGGGCGAGUUCUGCAACUGCAGCAGCAGCAGCGACGCCUGCCUGUCCCAAGAUGGCGGCCUGUGCAGCGGCAGGGGGCGCUGUGAGUGUGGCCGCUGUGUCUGCCUGGUGCCAGGAGCCUCAGGGGACACCUGUGACAAGUGUCCCACCUGUGGGGACGCCUGCUCCGUGGCAAGGACGUGUGUGGAGUGUCAUCUUCAAGCCCAGGACGACGCUGACAUGUGUGAAGUCAACUGCAGUCUCCCCAAAAUUGACAUCAACACAACAGCAGGUGUGGACAAGAGUCCCUCUAUGCAGUGCACUCUGAUGUCUGAAAACGAGUGCUGGAUCUCCUUUAGCGUGCUAGCCAGCGACACGACCACGGUCUACAACCUGCACAUGUACGGUUGUCCUGAGGAGCCCAACAUCCCCAUGAUCAUCCUGGGGGUCUCCCUCUCCAUCGUGUGCAUCGGACUCAUCCUGCUGGCCGUCUGGAAAGUUCUGGUGUCGGUCCACGACCGUAAAGAAGUGGCCAAGUUUGAGGCGGAGCGGGCAAAUGCCAAGUGGCAGUCGGACACCAACCCGCUGUUCAAAAGUUCAACGUCUACCUUUAAAAAUGUUACCUACAAGAGCAGAGAGCGCGACAAGAUGAUUACCAUGGAUCGAUAUUGAUGAUUGGCUGAAGGCAAUGCAACCGAGUGCACUUACUGUAUGUGUGUGUGUGUGUGUGUGUGUGUGUGUGUGUGUGUGUGUGUGUGUGUGUGUAUGUACUAGGGUUGUAUGGUAUACCGGUACUAGUAUAGUAUCACGGUACUAAUGUAUCAAAAACGGUACUAUACUCUGUUUUAAAAGUGCCAGUUCCCCAUAAAUUUUUUAACGGACAUUGCUGGUUUUACUAGCAGAGGAGCAUGUUGGGCAGCACACACGCACAGAGUACUUACAAGCAGACACAGUGUGUAGACAGAAAAGGGAGAAUGGAUGCAUUUUGGUGUAAAAAGUCAAGAUAAAGGUGAAGUUAUAACACUGAAACACCCUCAGGAAGAGCUGCUUUAAGACAUGGCUAGCUAGCUAGCUAGCGGCUAACAUCCACCCGCAGUCGGCAAUGUUGUAGCUACUUCUAAAUCACUAAUCCUGGUCUCCAUGGCGACAAAUAAAGUGAGUUUCUUACAAGUACUAUUAUCACUGGAGGACGAGGAAUCGCUAAACAUGCUUCACUACACACCGUAGGAGGAUACAAUAGCUCACCGGCGUCACAAUGUAAACAAACACUACACCUGACAUCCACUAAUGAUACCAAGUACAAGAGCAUAUCUAGUCAAUACUACUAUGAUCACAUCAAUAUUUUUAUCGUCACAAAAUAUUUUUCAUUUAAAAAAAAUCCAUAUUAUGUUUAUAAAGUCAGUAAAUAUGUCCCUGGACACAUGAGGACUUUGAAUAUGACCAAUGUAUGAUCCUGUAACUACUUGGUAUCACAUCCAUACCUAAAUGUGUGGUAUCAUCCAAAACUAAUGUCAAGUAUCAAAGAAGAGAAGAAUAAGUGAUUAUUACAUUUGAACAGAAGUGUAGAUAGAACAUGUUAAAACAGAA